AUGGGAUCAGUGGAGAAGAAAGGCCCGGAGCGAGUCACGUGUGUGGAGAUCAUCGCUAAAGAGGGUCGGAGUCUGAAGGAGCUCUAUCUCGUGUCCUGCAAGAUCACCGAUCACGCUCUGAUAGCCAUCGGUCAGUACAGCAGCAGCAUUGAGACGGUGGACGCCGGCUGGUGUAAGGAGAUCACGGAUCAGGGAGCCACUCAGAUCGCCAGGAGCAGCAAGUCUCUGCGGUACCUGGGCCUGAUGCGCUGUGACAAGGUGAACGAGGAGACGGUGGAGAGACUGGUGCUGCAGUAUCCACACAUUGUGUUCAGUACAGUGAUGCAGGACUGUAAGCGAACGCUGGAACGAGCCUAUCAGAUGGGCUGGAGCCCCAACACAUCCAUGGCCUCCUAACACACACACACACACACACACACCUGAACAUGACGCCACCGCAGAAUCAUUAUCAGUACUAUGCCGUUUAUUCCACCUUCCAACAUUAUGCAGCAGAAACAUCAAUAUUAUUUGAUUUGAACACAAAUAUGUUCAUGCACACAUGACUCUGACAUGCAGCGCUGCAUUUAUUUGCAUUUGCAACCUAAUGAGUCGCACUAAACCCGUCAGGAGCUUACUCUAAAAAUCCAGAGAUAGAAAUAAGACAUUUUGCAUUUUGAAUGAGGAGAAAAAGUUUGGACCACUGGAUUUUUGCAUCGUGACAUUUCCCUGCAGCUCUCAUUAUCGUGACUUGUUUGUUCGUGAUUUGUUUGUUAUUCUCAUUAUCAUCAGAUGUGAUUUUCAUUAGAUUCUCAUUAUUGAAACACACUCAUUUUACUACAGUACAAGGGAAGUGUAACGGGGCUGACGAGACGUGAGACGUGUGGAUCCA